AUGGGUGAUGAACUCAAAGUAUUCCAAUAUACCUUUACUGAAGGUAAAUCAACAAAGCAACCUGUAAAGAGGUUACCAAACAUGUUCAUAUCUUAUCGUAACGAUAUGAUGACGAAGAAGCCUCAUAAUAUGCCAAUGACCGAAUACAGUAGAUUGGUAUCCAAAUGGUGGAAGGAACUAUCGGAAUCCAAAAAAUCAGAAUUGCAAAUGCGCUAUCACAUAGAUAGAGAUCGAAAACUGUACCUUCCCUCUAUAAAAGAUGAGAAACCUUUAAAGAAAUGUUUUAAUAACAACGAAGACGUCUUAAAUAAGUAA